CCUCAGUCUCACAUCUCACAACCAUAAAACAAACUUUGAAACCAAUCAAAUCCCUAUUUGUUUCAGUGAAAAUCCAUGGCGCUGAGUUCAGCUUCUUCUUCACUAACAAAUCUAAGCUACAUUCCCUUUCAUUACAAAAACCCUAGAUUCCCUACAACCUCUGUUCCUUAUGCAUUAUUGAACUUAACCUCUUCGUCUGACGAUUCUUCAAAGCGUUCACUCCGCAUUACAGCUGAUUCUGCUCCCAAAGCUCGAUUCAUUGCCCGACGUAAAGAAUCUCUUUCCGUUAAACAACUUCAACGUCCGCUAAUGGAGUAUAUGAGCUUGCCGGCGAGCCAGUACUCGGUGUUGGAUGCGGAGAGGAUUGAACGAGUGGAUGAUAGUACAUUCAGGUGUUAUGUAUAUAGGUUCAAGUUCUUUGCAUUUGAAGUGUGCCCUGUUUUGUUGGUUAGAGUUGAGGAGCAGCCUGAUGGAUGUUGUAUCAAGCUGUUGUCUUGCAAGCUUGAGGGAUCUCCUAUUGUGGUCGCCCAAAAUGAUAAAUUUGACGCUUCUAUGGUGAACAAAAUAUCGUAUGAUAGCGGGAGAAGAGACUCACCUGUGCAGCAACUCACUUCAGAUGCUGUUAUCGAGGUGAACAUUGAAAUUCCCUUUGCAUUUCGAGCAAUUCCAGUGCAGGCAAUCGAGUCAACUGGUGCUCAGGUCCUAGAUCAGAUACUGAGGAUCAUGCUUCCUAGGUUUAUGGCACAGCUAGCCAAGGACUAUCAAGCUUGGGCGUCAGGUGACACUUCGAGGCAGCCUCUAGGAACUGGUCAGAUUUGAGACAGCAAGAAUCAUCAUCCUACGCAAGUCUCGUUGGUUGCUUCUGUAAUUUACUAUUGCAAGAGAGCAGAAAGUUCUUUGGUGUCAACAAAUAUUCUCCGCCAGUUUUUCCCUGUAAAGCACAGAAUUUGAUUUUCUCAACUUAUGCUUGGUCAGUGGAUAAAAUUGCAACGCAGAAUCUCAGUCCAAGCAAGUGAUCCUGCUGAGCGCCAACCAUAAAUGUGUAGAAAAACAUGGAUGGAUAAUCUGUAUGUAUUGAAUUUUUGUUGCCAGAUUACAUCUUUAGGCCCUGCAUAAUAGUUGAAUACUCAUGAACAAAAUGCUAUCAAAUGAGUUUCUUCAUAUAUCUGGUGUAAGACAGUGAGGCUGCCAUUUAUGUAGGAGUGGUCUCACCUAAGUUACUGGACAUGUUUUCCUUCUUUUUUGGUGGCGACGUGAUGCAGGGGUCAGUGUUAGAUACCUCUAGCUCGGGAAAAAUUUAUCCACACUUCGUGUUUACACUUAACAGAUGAAAAUAUGACAUGUUUUUUUUCUUAUGCACUUC